GCGUCUGAAUUCGGAAGUGAAUGCUUUGGGAAGUCUCAGUACCUGGCACCACGAGCGCAAGUUGGAGAGGACCGGCGAGGGACCGUAUCGGCUCAUCUGUCUUUCAGAUUUACGUGUGCUGACAGCUUUCCCAGAUUUUUUUUUUAUCCACCUCCCCACCACCUUAGUUAGCCCUAAUGCCUUUAAAUGAGUUGAAUGAAGAUGGUACCGAGCAAGAAGAAGGGGUAAACACGGAAUCUGAUGUGAUUGCCAUUACCAAUGUUCUGGAGACGUUCAGUGAGAGCCAGGAGACAAAAGGGCUAAUCGAUAACCUGAAGUAUGUGUAUGGCGAUUUGGUAACUCGUGAGGUUACAAUCGAAAAGUUCAUAGUGAUAAUGGACAAGUACCAGGAACAGCCUCAUCUGUUGGAUCCACAUCUAGAAUGGAUGUUGAAUUUAUUGUUGGAUAUUGUGAGGGAUAGUGAUUCUCCUCCUGCUCUUGUACAUCUGGCCUUUAAAUUUCUUUACAUCAUUACAAAGGUGCGAGGAUAUAAAAUCUUCCUUGGUUUCUUACCUCAUGAAGUAGCUGAUGUGCAGCCUGUUAUAGAUAUGUUUGCAAAUCAGAAUCCUAAAGACCAUGAAACUUGGGAAACCCGAUAUGUGCUUUUGCUGUGGCUUUCUGUAACCUGCCUGAUUCCUUUUGAUCUUUCACGCCUUGAUGGAAAUCUCACCUCUGAAGGUGGGGAGGCUCGUACAUCUACAAUGGACCGCAUACUUCAAAUAGCAGAAUCCUACUUGGUUGUCAGUGAUAAGGCUCGAGAUGCGGCUGCUGUCCUUAUUUCCAAGUUUAUUACCCGUCCGGAUGUCAAACAGAAAAAGAUGGCAGACUUCUUGGAUUGGACCCUUUCUACAUUGUCAAAGUCUUCCUUCCAGACUAUGGAGGGGACUAUUAUGAUGGAUGGCAUGUUGCAAGCUCUGGCACAGGUAUUUAAGCAUGGAACACGGGAAAGCUGUUUACCCUAUGCUUCCACUGUGCUCAUGUGCCUUGAUAACUGUAAGCUCUCAGAGAGUAACCAUACUCUUCUCCGAAAACUUGGUGUGAAACUUGUUCAGCGUCUUGGAUUGACUUUUCUUAAGCCCAAGUUGGCGAAGUGGAGAUAUCAACGUGGUUCUCGAUCUUUGAUUGCCAAUCUGCGGCUUUCUACCCAGGAUGAAGAGAAACAGAUCCCCCAAAUUUUAGCUUCUGACAAUGAUGAAGACUAUGAUGUUCCUGAGGAGGUUGAAAAUGUCAUAGAGCAGCUGCUGGUUGGAUUGAAAGACAAAGAUACAAUUGUCCGAUGGUCUGCAGCAAAAGGAAUUGGUAGAAUGACUGGAAGACUACCAAAAGAAUUAGCAGAUGAUGUUGUUGGAUCGGUAUUGGACUGCUUCAGUUUUCAGGAAACAGAUAAUGCUUGGCAUGGUGGAUGUCUGGCUUUAGCAGAAUUAGGCAGAAGAGGAUUGUUACUACCUUCUCGACUUACAGAUGUUGUCCCUGUGAUAUUGAAAGCACUGACAUAUGAUGAAAAACGAGGAGCCUGCAGUGUGGGUUCCAAUGUGAGAGAUGCUGCAUGUUAUGUUUGUUGGGCUUUUGCCCGUGCCUAUGAGCCUGGGGAAUUGAAGCCUUUUGUUAAUAAGAUUUCAAGUGCUUUGGUAAUUGUUACAGUGUUUGAUCGUGAUGUUAACUGCAGAAGAGCUGCGUCUGCUGCUUUCCAGGAGAAUGUUGGAAGACAGGGUACUUUUCCUCAUGGAAUUGAUAUUUUGACUACAGCUGACUAUUUUGCUGUUGGUAACCGAUCUAAUUGCUUUCUUAAUAUAAGUGUGAAUAUUGCUGGCUUUGCUGAAUAUACUCAAUCAAUGAUAGACCAUCUUAUUGACAUGAAGAUAAACCACUGGGAUGGAGUUAUUCGAGGGCUGUCAACUAAGGCUUUGCAUAAUCUUACUCCACAAGCACCAGAAUAUAUUACAGCCAUUGUUUUCCCACGGCUAUUGCCUUUAGCUGUGUGCAUGGAUUUACAUACUCGUCAUGGAGCUAUUCUUGCCUGUGCUGAGAUCACUUAUGCCCUGUACAAGCUAGCAGCUGCGAAAAAUAGACUCCAACACCAGAACACAAAUACAGAAUCGAGAAAAGAAGAAGAAAAAACAUACCAUGAACUUAAAUAUCGGAACUUAAUUACAAAGCCAAUUACAGAUUAUUUGGAUGAAAAGUCACUGGAGGGACUUAAACAGAUCCACCAGAGGCUUUAUGAUCGCCAACUGUACAGAGGUUUGGGAGGAGAACUAAUGAGACAAUCAGUUUGCACCUUGAUAAAAAAUUUGUCACUUUCCAAAAUGCCUUUUCAAGGUGAUCCUGUAAUUGGUAGCUGGCAGUGGUUAAUAAGUGAUAGUUUAAAAAAUCUCCAUCUUAUCUCAAGUACUUCAAGACAGCAUAUCAAGGAAGCUGCUGUGUCAGCCCUGGCAGCUUUGUGCAAUGAAUACUACCUGAAUUACCAUGGAGAAGCUGAUCCUGUUCUACAGGAUGAAUUGAUGAAGAAUUAUAUUUCUGAACUUCACAACACAGAAGAAAUGAUUCGCUGUGGAUUUUCACUGGCCUUGGGUUCCCUUCCAGCUUUUUUUCUGAAAGGCAGACUUAAGCUGGUGUUAGAUGGCUUAAAGGCUGUUACUCGCAUUUCUCCUAAGGACGUGAGCUUUGCUGAAGCAAGAAGAGAUGCCUUGAAAGCAAUUGCCAAGAUUUGUCAGACUGUGGGAGUGAAGGCUGAAGCAUCCGAAGAUGAUUUUAUAUGCAAAGAAAAUGUUUACCAGAUCUAUGACACAUUUCUUGAUUGCAUGAAUGAUUACACUACUGACAGCAGAGGAGAUGUUGGAGCAUGGGUCCGGGAGGCUGCAAUGACAGGUCUAAUGGAGCUGACAAUUUUGCUAACAAGAAAUCAUCCAGAUCUCAUUGAAGCAAAUGUCUGUAAACAGAUCAUGUGCUGUCUAGCCCAACAAUCAAGUGAGAAAAUUGACAGAUUUCGAGCUCAUGCUGGAUCCAUUUUCUUGAAUCUUUUGUACUUUGACAGUCCUCCAGUUCCCCACCUUCCUUAUAGAGAAGAAUUAGAAAAGAUAUUUCCAAGAUCAGAAUCUUCUGUUUUAAAUUGGAAUGCCCCUUCACAGGCAUUCCCUUGCAUUACUCAGCUCCUUGCACUGCCAGCCUAUCGAUACCAUGUCCUAUUAGGUUUGGCAGUCUCUGUUGGUGGCUUAACAGAGUCAACGGUCAGGUACUCAACACAAAGUCUUUUUGAGUACAUGAAGAAAAUUCAAAAUGAUAUUCAAGCCAUGGACAGCUUUAGUGAAACUUUGAUUCAAGUAUUUGAGGACAACCUCCUGAAUGACAGGGUAUCUGUACCGUUACUGAAGAUGUUGGACCAGAUGCUGGCCAAUGGUUGUUUUGACAUCUUUACUGCUGAGGAAAAUCAUCCCUUUUCCCUGAAGUUGCUUUCCCUUUGUAAAGAAGAGAUCAAAAAAUCCAAAGACAUACAGAAGCUUCGCUCAAGCAUUGCUGUGUUUUGUGGAAUGAUUCAAUUUCCUGGAGAUGUAAGGAAGAAAGUCCUAUUUCAGCUAUUUCUUCUUCUUUGCCACCCUUUUCCUAUAAUAAGAAAAACAACUGCCAGUCAAAUUUAUGAAAUGGUGUUAACCUAUAGUGACAUUGUUGAUCCAGCUAUCUUUGAUGAAGUUAUGACUAUACUCAGUGACACUGCAUGGGAUGCUGAAUUACACUUUGUGAGAGGACAGCGGAACUACUUGUGUGAUCUUUUGAAAGUACCCAAACCACAGCUCAUGUCCAAGCUACCUGCUCACUGACGCCACAUUCCUGCAGACUCAAGCCUUUGAGAACAGCACUGUUUUUCUAACAGGAGAAACAGCAUUGUUAUUGUUCCAUAGUGAAGGGGGACACUUGAUUCCCUGAAGCUAAAAAGAACAUCAUUUAAUAUGAAACUACCCCCCCCAAUUUCCUAACAAGUAAAAUAUGCUAAUUGGUAUGUCUCUGUACAUUUAGAACAAAUGUAAAGAAGGCACUGCUUCUAUCUGUCUGUUCUGUUUAUUGUUCAGUUGUUGAAAUUCAGUGUCUGUAACCACAAGAUGGCAUUUUAUCCCUGUGGUCACUUCACUAAGUUCAGGUUAAUUGACAAUGUUGACUAAUGCUUUCCUUUUACUGAGAACUGAGAAAGACUGCUAUAAAAAUCAUGUUGAUGUUUAUUAUUCAUGAUAUAUGUGGGAAAUGGAUGCUAAGACAAGAGAUAAGGAAACUUUUUCCAAGGAGAUAAGGCUGAAGACUUCUUUUUGAAGAGGUGCACUUUUGACCAUUCUUCCUUGAAUGAAGGGAGGAAGGCAGGAAGGAAAAAACAGCAUUUAAGUGCUUACUGAGUGCCAGGCUCUAUUCUAAGUGCAGGUGAAACAAAUACAAAAGAUAGUCCCUGCAUUCAUCAAGUAGAGGGAGACACUAAAGAGUGAAGUCACUGGGAUUGAUGAAUUGACUAACUCAUGAUCCUUCCAUAAGCAGUGGUUGUUGUAUUGAUUGUAUUGUAUUUCCAGAGUGAGAGGUGAAAGGGUUGGAGGAAUUCUUUCCCAGCAUUUCUACAGUUUACUAGAGAAUAAGGGUUAAAAGAAAAUCCUGGUUUGGGCCUCACCCAAUUAAAGGCAAACUCUGGAAAUAAGACAAAAGGAAUUUACUUAGCACACCAAAGCAGCUUGGAGUUGGAGUGCUGCCUAGGUAACCUAAAUUCAAACUGGAAGCUGCUUUUAUAGACACAAGCAAAACAAUUUACAUGUUAGGCAAGACAGUCCUAAUUGGUAGAUAUUUCAAGGUGGAAUUAGGUAGGAGGUAGGAUUAGUGUCACCUCAGCUCCUCCUCUACAUCAUUGGGAGAUGGGAUUAUCUUGAGAUGAGGUUAGUCCUUUUCCUACUAGCUGGCUAAGCAUUAUUUCCAAAAGAUAAAUCCAGAUUAAAACACAGGAGUCACUCAGACUAAAUUAUGCCUCAGUGGCUGACUUUGCACAUAAGCUCAUACCAAUCUUGGGGUUAAAUGGGUGAAUAAAAAGCAUUUACCAAGUGUUAA